AUGUUCGGCAUUCCAGAAGUUGAUGGUGUGUUUCUCCUGGUUGACGCAUGUGGGUCUCACAACACCUGCACAUGUGUAGCAGCCACCACCACAGUGUCGAGGGUGACCCUGGCUGGCCGCACUGCCAAGUUACCAUGUGAACUUCCAGCGACGGUGGACAGACCCACUCUUAUACUCUGGUACAAGGAUGAAGCUACUAAACCAUUUUACAGCUUCGACGCCAGAGAGACCUCGCGAGGGCACCACAAGGUCCAUGAGAACUCCCGCCUCGGUAGGAGGUCACGCUUCACCCUCGAAACCAUCCCCAACUUCAGGGCACGAUUGGGUUUUUUGGAGGUGGAGAACAUCACUUUGGCGGACGCUGGCAACUAUACCUGUCGGGUUGACUUCAUGACGUCACAAACAUUGAUGUCAUUGCUCCAGCUGACUGUCCAUGAGGAGAUUCGAAGCCUAGAGAUCUUUGAUGCAUACGAGACCAUGAUAAGUCAGGUGGUGGGGCCGUACGAGAUCGCUUCCAGGGUGGUGCUGUCCUGCCGGGCGUACGGUGGUUAUCCACCUCCCGUGGUGAAGUGGAUGUCAGGGAACGAUGUGGUGGAGAGAUCAUGGUUGCAGCACCAACACUCCCACCAAGACGCGGGGAUAGGUGUUGGGAGCACCCCCUUCGUCAGCGCCAACACGGACGCCAGCCUCCACCACUACCAUCACCAUCGCCAGACGGAGCAGGGCCUGACGGUGGUGAGUUCGAAGCUGCUAUUGCCGUCGCUGACCAGGGCGGACCACGAGAGGCAACUCAAAUGUGUCGCCAGCAACACCAACCUCACCCACGAUCGAUCUCGUGUCGUCACUAUUGAGAUGUACUUGCCCCCUUUGGAGGUGGAGGUGGAGGGGGUGGAGGUUGCCCUCAGGGCUGGAGUCGAGGCCACCUUAGCGUGCAGGUCUGCUGGCUCCAGACCUCCAGCAGUCCUCACCUGGCAGAUUGACGGGACUUCGGGAAUUACUCCGCUUCCCCCACAUUCGUCGUUGGACCAAAACACGACCACUAGGAGGGGUCGGUUGCUUCCAACCCCAGACGACAAUGGACGCACAGUCGCCUGCACGGCUACCAACCCCAAGGUCUCACAGUACACCAUAUCCACAACUGCUGUCCUUCGUGUUCACU